GUGGUUGCAAGUAGAGUAUCCCGGAUACCAGACUAAGUCCUGCGAAAACGCGCGCGCAUCUUUCAACUGCAAGGACCUAAGCUUUUUUCAUUUUCCUACUGAUGCAAUCGACUACUGUUUAUCCUGUCUGGACAAACGUUGCUUGCGCACAUGUGGUGCAAUUCACAUUAAGGCCAGGAAGAGAACAAUAACAAACUAAAUUUAAUAAUAAUAAUAAUAUUUAUUUUUUACGAUUAUUACUAUAUUAUUUCUUAUUUUAUUCCCCCGCUGUAGUCAUGUUAGAACGUUAACAUGCCUUUCAUACCUGAACAAUAUCAAAUAAAUACUCAAUAUGUUCGUGAUACUAAGUUAAGCGAGGCAUUUCAAUGGAAAGAAACUUGGAAGUGUUUUACUUUAACCAUUAUUAUUGUCAUAUACAGCAUUGGUGUACUUCGAGAUCCAUCAAAUAUUGGUUUGACCAAGGGAAGUUCGUUGUCACUUGAAUACAUUUACUGUGUAUUAGGAUGUCUAUUUUUGUACAUAUUAUACCUAGUAGAAUGCCGAUACAGCGAGAUCGUUUGGGAUUUAGCCGAAACCGAACCUAUGCCACUCUCCGCAUUGUCCGAGUACAUCGUCCGAUUAAAAAGAGCUGAACCGCACGUAUGGUGGCAAGCAUCAUGUUAUCACUAUACUGAACCAAAAUUGACAAGAAGGCGGAAUCUUAGACAAUUAACCAGGGUAAACAUGCACGUAGCUAGAGUUUCAUUUGACCAUAGAAACUUCGGACACACUGAUAUAUCCGACUAUCUUAUUUUUCACCAGAGAAGUCCUCUCGUAAAAAUUGAGUUUAGCAAAGGUUUUGCUUUUGCUCGACCUCGUCACGCAGAAGAGUUUGAAAGCGCGCGAAACGAAUUUUUUUCGGCUCACGAGUCUAUAGAUGAGCACAUGGAAAAAAAAGAAGGUAUGGACUUGGCUGGCGUCGAGUUUGAUGAGUACAUUAGUGCAGGGCGGUUUCCUCGAUUAGUUAACACCAUUACGUACUGGCUGUGCUCAUUUCUUUUACUUUCGUGGCCUUACAGGGUGUAUGUCAAUUACAAUACGUCAUAUGCAAGUUAUACUGUCACCAAACUGUUUGGACAAGUACGCAUGAUACCUAGCUACUCAGAGACAAUGCUCAUCGAUCCUGCACCUCCAGCAUACGUGAUAGAUUGCCCUUCGCCGUUCGACAUGUAUGAAAUGUCACAGACGAUGACUAUUUUUCGAACGUGUUCUCCUAAUUACGUGCCAACAAAUCUAGUUAGGUACAUAGAGUCCGGGCCAUAUGCGUUCCCCCCUUCGUAUGAGGAAGCGCUAAUGUGUCCGUCGUUCGAACCGUCUUCAGUCGACAUCGAUAACCGUUCCAGUAACAAUAAUUAUAAUACUCACGGGCGGAGUACUGGUGGUCGAUAUCCCGCAGCUGUAACGUUUGAGACUAGCCUGUGAUUUCCCAUUUAAUAAUAUUAAAUUUUUAUUAAUCUUUGAGAAAUGUUUAUAUUAUACACGUUCCUAAAUAAUUUUAUUGCUGAUAUAAUAUCAUUAAUUUUUUUUAUGUAAAAAAAAAUGAUAUAAGUACUAUAAAAGACAACAAGGCUCUUGUUAAAGACGCAUAGCUAAAAAUAUACUGUUUGUUUGAAAUUAUGGUGGCUAAACCCUCCAAUUUAACUUAAAUUUAUUUUAAAAAAUAAUAGUUUGAUAAAGUAUUAAAAUUAAUUAUACUUGAAAAGUAUAUAAUUUUUUCGGAAUACAAAAUUUAUUUUGAAUAAUGCUUUAUUAUACUAAAAAUGUUCAAUAUAGUGAAUAUAUAGUGUAAAUUGAUAUCAAAGAAAGUUAUUUUAAAUGCGACUUAAAAUUUUAAAGAAAUAAUACUCUUCUUUGUUGAAAUAUAUCGCACCAGCCAUUAACUCAGGUUCCAAUUAAGGAGAACCACACCAUAAAGGAACAUCAACGCUUAAAACACCUCAAGGUGAAAAAUUCUGGUAAGAUGUAUUUUUCUGUAAUUAUUAAUUGGAUAUUUAGUAUUUUUAAUGAAUGAUAAUGACUAGUAAUGAGCAAAAUCGAGUCUUGCAAAAAUUGGAUUAACACUAGCAAAUUCUAGUGAUAGUUAAGUUGACGUUAAAUGAAGUUAUAUGACGCUCUUAAGAACGUGUUUUUUUUAAAGGAGCAAGAUUAAGACCAAAAUAUGAUAGGUAAGACCAAGAAUGAAUUUGCAAAUUAAGAUCCAGAUCAAGACUUAGUUGAUAAGAAUAAAACCAAUAUUGUCAAAAUCUUAGUGUUGCUUUGCUCAUUACUAAUGAUAUACUAUAAGCAGGGCGAAUCCAGAAUUUUUUUAAGGGGUGGCGCAAAAAUUAUUUAAGACGUUUAAAUCAAUUUUUUUUUGGAAAUUUUGUUAUUCAAAAGACCUUUUUUUUUAUAAAAGGUGACAAUAAUCGAAGAGAAUAAGGCACUCCCCACUAAAACUGUCACUGUACAAUAUUAAUACUGUCAUCAAUUCUUCCUACGAUACUGCCAAAUAUAAUAAACCCAGCAUUCGUUAUCACUGCUUUAUACUUUAAUUAAAUUGCAAUAAGAUUUUAGUUUUAAACACAUUUGUUUUUUAGUAGUAACUGUUAUAAUUAUAAAAUUGUGUUAUUCUCAUAAGCAUUGAAAUUUUCAAGUUAAUACUUUUAGAGUUUCUAGUUGUUAAUUAUCUAUUAUUUUGAAUUAUUUUUUAGCUAAUGGUUAAUCAAAAUGUGCUAAAAUAAUAGUUUUAAUAUUUUUUUCACUUUUAUAGUUGGAUAUUAUUUAGAAAAUUGGGUUUAUUAUUCAUAUAGACAAUUUAUCUUCUGAAUGCCUUCUAAAUAAUAAA